UUGAGAAAGACAAGAAAUCUUCAAUACUUAUUUAUUUUUAUCCAGUGAAGAAUCCAGCAUUAUACUAUGAAGUGAGUGGCCAGGAACCACCAAUUUGGAGCAUCAGCUUUUGACCUUUGCUCAAGAAGAUAUCAGAGGAUGCUCCAGGAUGAAACGCCAUAGGCCUCUCAGCAGCACUGACAGUUCAGACGAGUGUCCUUCCACUUCCUUUACUUCUGGCCCAAUGUAUAGGAGCAAGUCAAAAAUUCCAAAAGAACACAAGAAACCUGAUGAGGUAUUCCGGAAGGACCUCAUCAGUGCCAUGAAAAUUCCAGAUUCUCACCACAUUAAUCCUGAUAGCUAUUAUCUGUUUUCGGACUCGUGGAAAGAAGAAUGGGAAAAGGGAGUCCAAGUACCAGCCAAUCUAGAUGCUGUUCCACAGCCUUCUCUCAGGAUUAUAGCCGAAAAGGAAAAGGAAGUUCUCUUUGUCCGACCCCGAAAAUACAUACGUUGCUCCAGUCCAGAGACCACAGAGCCUGGCUACAUUAAUAUCCAGGAACUGGCAGCAUCCACAUGCCGCUAUGACCUAGAUGACAUGGAUAUCUUCUGGCUUCAGGAGUUUAAUGAAGACCUCACAGAAAUGGGUCAUGGGCCAGUUGAUGAGACCAUUAUGGAAAAAACAAUAGAAGUCCUGGAACAUCGUUGCCAUGAAAAUAUGAACCAUGCUAUUGAGACAGAGGAAGGGCUAGGCAUAGAGUAUGAUGAAGAUGUGAUCUGUGAUGUGUGCCGUUCUCCAGACAGUGAAGAAGGGAAUGAUAUGGUAUUCUGUGAUAAGUGUAACGUCUGUGUGCAUCAGGCCUGCUAUGGCAUUCUAAAGGUCCCAGAAGGCAGCUGGCUAUGUCGCUCCUGUGUCCUGGGUAUUCAUCCACAAUGUCUGUUAUGUCCAAAGAAAGGUGGAGCCAUGAAGACCAACAGGACAGGGACUAAAUGGGUUCAUGUCAGCUGUGCACUGUGGAUUCCAGAGGUCAGUAUUGCUUGUCCUGAGAGGAUGGAACCAAUCACGAAGCUCUCCCACAUCCCACCUAGCCGGUGGGCCUUAGUUUGCAGCCUGUGCAAGUUGAAGACAGGGGCUUGUAUUCAGUGCUCCGUGAAAAGCUGCAUCACUGCCUUCCAUGUCACCUGUGCCUUUGAGCACAGCCUAGAGAUGAAGACCAUCCUAGACGAGGGGGAUGAAGUAAAGUUCAAGUCUUACUGCCUCAAGCAUAGCCAAAACAAGCAGAAACAGGGGGAGAUUGAGUACCCUCACCACAGAGCUGCUGAGCAGAGCCAGGCCAAAAGUGAGAAAACCAGCCUGCGGGAACAGAAGCUUAGGGAGCUGGAGGAGGAGUUCUACACCUUGGUCCGAGUGGAAGAUGUGGCAGCAGAGCUGGAGCUGCCCACACUAGUUGUGGACUUUAUCUAUAACUACUGGAAACUAAAGCGCAAAAGCAACUUCAACAAGCCAUUAUUUCCUCCAAAGAAGGAUGAAGAAAAUGGCCUUGUACAGCCCAAAGAAGAAAGUAUUCAUACUCGCAUGCAAAUGUUUAUGCACCUACGGCAGGACCUAGAAAGGGUCCGAAAUCUGUGCUACAUGAUAAGCAGGCGAGAGAAGCUGAAACUAUCACACAGCAAAAUACAGGAACAGAUCUUCAGUUUGCAGGCCCAGCUUCUUAACCAAGAAAUUGCUGCAGGACUUCCUUUGACAAAUACACUAGAAAACUCAUUGUUUUACCCACCACCAAGAAUUACCUUGAAGUUAAAAAUGCCCAGAUCAACCAUGGAAGACUGCAGAAACAGCUCCACAGAGGCUGACCACCAACCCUACUCUCCUGACAGCAGCUCCCCUGGUCCCACGAAAAGGAACAUGCAGGUGCCUACAGAGCCUCUAGAAUUGAAAGUGAAACCAUACUCAAGACAUCCUCUAGAGAGCAAGAGUAACUGUUUGCUGGCCAGCCGUAGCCAUUCUCGGAGUGAAGCAAAGGAUUCCAGUCCUGCUCGGAGAGCUCCAUCUUCAGAGUUCUAUCAUGGGCAGUCACUGGGGAAGCCUCUAGCCCUUCAAGCUGCCCUCCAUGGACAGUCUUCCAUUGAGAAUGGGAAAAAUGAGCCUAACCCCAAGUUUGCCAAAUCCAAUGGCCUAGAGGAUAGCUGGUCUGGGAAUGUCACCCAAAAAGAAAGCUCAAGUGAGGUGUUCUGUGACCAAGAGUCCAUGCUCAGUUCCCACUUGGCCAGUCAGGGUACCUUUAGAAAAUCUACCAUAGAACACUUUAGCAGGUCCUUUAAAGAGGCCACCAACAGGUGGGUGAAGACCUCUGAGGACCUUCAAUGCUGUGUGAAGCCAACCAAGAGCAUGAGCACUAAAGAGCAGUUUUGGGGUAGGCAGCUUCUUAGGAAGUCUGCAGGGAAAGCUUCAUAUCAGGAAAAUGAUGGAUAUUGUCCAGAUUUGGAGUUAAGUGAUUCAGAAGCUGAAAGUGAUGGGAAUAAAGAAAAAUCAAGGGUAAGAAAAGAUAGCUCAGAUAGGGAAAAUCCUCCCCGUGAUUCUCGACAGGAUUGUCAUGGUAAAAGCAAGACACAUCCGCUUUCCCAUAGUUCAAUGCAGAGGUGAUUAAAAACUCCCAAUGACAACCAACCUUUGCCUUUGCCCCAUAUAUUGGAGUAAAUCCAUACAACAAAAGGGUUCUAGCAUAUAUUAGGAGAAAUUGCAGGGAAAAGAUUAAAUUUUCCAUAAUAAAUUGGCUUACAGAUUUUGAAAAGAUUUCAAGUCUAGUUUUUACAAGCACAUUACAAGAAUUGCAGAUUGUCCAGAGGCUGUUUGUCAGAGGCUCUUGGGCCUCUGAGUAUUUACUCACUAAAUACUUCAGGACAGCUUUCCAGUUAAUAACACAUUAAUAAAUUUAUAUAUUGAGAGUCCUUGCAUUCAUUGUUAAUGGAUCUGCAAGAGACUGAUUAUCAUACACUAAAACUACUUAUCUUUUGCAGCUACAGCAUGUGGCUCACGAGGUCCUGUCUGUAGAAAGUUUCUAAUUCCAUGGUGUCUUUAAGGGACAGACCAGGAGACAAACAUUCUCAGAUACUGUCAAACUCACUACUCUCUUCCUUUGCUCUGCACAAGGUUGAGUUCUUUUCAUAGUAUCGUAACUUAAGUCACUUCUAUUUCUUACAAGUGUCCAGUGCCUGUUCCUAGACCUGUUUGUUGGGGACACAGACAUAACUCACCCAGCUAACAAGCAUAACAAGCUAACUUGUGGAUAGUGUUUACAGAAGUACAAAAGUCUUACCAAGGAAAAUGCUUUGAUUUUCUCUGUUUAGGCAUUUGUAAGAAUCCCAGAGCCUUUCCCAAAGUGAGACCAUUUCUGGGAUCUUUGUACCAGGUCAGGGUUUUGUGUUGUUUUCAAAUAAGUUUGACUAAAAUAAGUUUGGCUGACAAUUUUUGUAUACCUGCUUUAAUGUUUAUAAAAAUUUUAUUGAGGUAUAAUUAAAAUAUAAAAUGCACAGAGGUUAAGUAUUCUUACCUGCUUUAAUUUUGAAACAGAUCUUUAUUGUCAGACAGAAUUUGAAAGCAUGUGUUUAACACAUGGAUAUAAUUUAGCUUUGUAUCAAUUUUGAAUCUGAGGCAGUUUCCCAAACAAAACGGCUGGAGCCAUUUUUCAGAAGUUGUUUAUACCCUGUUCCUAAAUGAUCAGCCUUGAUUAAUUUCUGGAGGAAGAGAAUAAUUACAUUUCAGGAGAGGGCAUAAAAUAUGUCUGCUUCCGAUUUAAGAAAGGUGAAAAAGUUGCAGUUUUUAAAAUGUGAAGCAGACUAUAAUUCUCAGCUCUCUUCUUCUUAGCCUUAAAUUAAUAUUCUCUUUCUUCUAGUUUGGGAAAAUGUAGUGGAAAUUUUGAUACAAAAAAGACCCAUUUCCAAUUUUUGAAGUUUCUUAUUGGAGAAACAGACCAGUUACAGUAGGUGCCAGUGGAGGCAGGGGUCCUCUUUCUAUCCAUAGGGAAGAAAGAUUGGGCAGUUUUCCUCUCCCCCCAUUUUUGUUCUUGUAGCCUUGUUAAUGGGUUCUUUGCUUUUUUUUCUCUCUCUCUCUCAUUUUCUGAAAACUUUAUUUCGCCUCUCCUUUGGCUCUAUCUUCAAAAUGUUUCUUUGGUGCCUAUGUACAUGUGAACAUGACAUAACAUGUGCUAGGUGUCCUAUAUUUUGUUUGAAUGAAAAAAAUGAUAAUUUCCUGUAUUCAUGCACUAGGCUUUUGUGCUUUUACUUUGUGUUCUCGUGAGGUAAAUAUUAAUUUGACACUCAUAGUAUUGGAUUAUAAUAGAACUGUGUUGUAAACUGCUUAUGUUAUAGGCCAGUGUGGUAGCCUAUGUCCUUUCAUGCCUUUCAAGUCUGAAUGAGUGAGAGGAAAAGAAAACAUCAAAACAGUGCUUUAGCCAAAUUCCAUAUGUAAUGCCACUGGGGAGAGAAUGGACUAAAGUAUCAUUCCAGUCAGGGAAAUAUAGUGGUAAUGCUUUUACAGGAUUUUCCUAGUUAAAUGAAGGAGCCUUCAGUUGUAUACAUUUCAGUUGCCCCAAAAUGCAUUUGUUACAUUUUGUUGUUGUAUUACCUCUUAACCUUGUUUCUUAAUUUUUUGCAUUUUGUCUUUAUAGUCCAGUUUUCCAAGAUAAACUCAGUCUUUUUCAAAUGUCACCUUUUUACCAAUACUUUUUCAUUAAAUUAUGAAAACUGUUAACUGCUGUCGGUGUGGUAAUUUUUUAUUUUGGUUUUAGAAAAUCUUAUAUUUGUUCCUUUUAUAUUUAAAAAAUCAUGUUUACUAAACAAAGCAAGUAGAUGGUGGGGAGAGAGGAAAGAGGAAGAAGUGAAUGUUUUAGAAGCACAGAUUCAUGAUUCAUGUCAGUACCGGGGCCAAAGAGAACUCAGGGCAUUUGGGCUUUGCCCAGAAAUGAUUUCAUCGGGUUUGAAAAAUAAAGCCCUCAGGAACAUCAUUAAAAAUCACCAAGGAGCUGGGUGUGGUGGCACACGCCUAUAAUCGCAG